AUGAGGGCAAUUCAAUCACUGGCCUUUUUAGGCUGUGUUGCUAUAGUUUCCGCCUUUAGUGGCCUGCACCAAGCACAUCAUGGCCUUCUUCAAAUCCCACCUUCAUUUGCACACGAUGGAGUCAACAUGUAUCCCGCUCUUCAUCCCAACCAUGACCCCAGUGACCUUCGCCAUUUGAUCCCCGAAGAUUCCAAAGAGCUCUACUACAGCCAGGAAGGACAUCGACCUGCCUUGCAUGGCGCAAAACAUGGUCGGUUGGAAGCAACCUUUUCCAGACCUACAGUUGUCUUGGACCACUCAAGUCAUAUCGAAGACAUCAACUGUGGUGACGGAAAGAUCGAGGUUUGCUUCGCUCCCGAGGCUUUCCCAACUGUUAAAACAGAAUGGAAGAAAUAUGGUAGUGAACCAUUCAAUUUGAUCACCUAUCAUGUCGGAUGCGGUCACUUGACAGGAGAGCAACGCUCAAUUUUCGUUGCUUUCCAGCCCACCUUUGAGGGCAACUGUGUGACUGUCCUCGCCGAGCUCACGGACGAGCAAGAGGAGAUACAGGAGGGAAAGCUAAAGUGGGGAACAUAUCAACAUCCAGAUAUUACCAAGCGUGAGCCGGUGUUAGGACACGUCAAAGUUGCCAAAGCAGACCCGCAGAUGCAAAUACGGGACUUGAUGACUUCCGGCGGACUCAACGGUACAGGAAAUGGAACUUUCAGAGGAAUGAACGACCUCACAAAGAAUGCGACUGCCGUCAAAGCAUUCUUCGGUACGAGCUUGAUCAACACAGACAUUCCAGAUCAGUACGAGAUAGGCCUUGGCUAUCUUUCGGACGAUGAAUACAACCAGUUCGCUAAACGAGGCUUGUUUUCCUGGAUCGUGGAAGGAAUUAACGCCAUUAUCAAGGCUGUCGUGAGUCUAAUCGAAAAGACUCGCCAAGCUAUUGAGACUGCUGUGAAGAUUAUAAUCGCUGUUGCAGCAGUUACCCUGAAAUUGUUGAUGGUUCCAUUUGGUUUUCCAUUUGAGCAAGAGUAUCAUGCAGAUAUUGACUUCGAUCAGAGAACAGGCGGGUUGAGGCUUGCGACAGAUCUGGGCAGUGCGACUGGAGGGACUAACAAUAACUUUGCUCUUUCCAAGCCGGGCGCAGCCGUACAAAUUGAAUGUGAAAGCUGUGGAGCCAAGGCCAACUUCAGCUUCGGUGGAGAACUGGGGUUUAGCAUCAGCAAGGGUAUCUACAAAGCACAGGUAUCCUUUAUCAACCACGAGGCCUUUGUGUUCGAUGCUAUAUACGGUAUAACCAUUGAUGCGAAGGCAUUUAAGGAUGCAAGCUCAAUAUCUGGGAUCAAAACGACAAUUGAGGAGGAACUGUUCGCCAUUCCUUUUUACGCCAUCAAGAUCCCAAAGAUCAUCACUAUUGGACCACAGGCGGUCGUCAAUGCCGCUGCCAGUGUCUAUGUUGAUGCACAUGGAGAAUUCCGAGCCGGUGCAAGAUUCACUAUCGCCGCAGGAGAGGUAAUCCUGGAUGCUAUGCAACCUCAGAAUAAUAAAGCAUCGGGCUUUACACCUGACCUUAAGCCGAUUUUUGAGAUGAAAAAAGGAAGUAUCGUGGCAACCGCUGAUCUCGCCUUGCCGGUAGGAGUUGAAGUUGCAUUGGAUAUACUGGGUGGCACCUGGAAGAAGUCUGUCGGCGUGUAUACGGCGCCUUCUAUUUACUUUACUGCGGGCUUAUCCUCGGGUGAAGGACAUGCCUGUAACAAUGGAGUUGAACUUCGUGUUGGGGCUAAAAAUCGAGUCUAUACUUCCGCCCUUGGCAUAUGGGAGUAUGAGUUUAAGGAGCUUGGAGUAACGUUCUAUGAGACAGGGCUUGGUUGUAUCUCAAACAAAGGUUGGAAUAAGACGAGGGUUGAGCCUUCCACACUCUUCAAUCAAGUGAUACACAAGUUUGGUGGCGAAGGCAACCUUGCUUCCAACAAAACCAUUAGCCUAGACAAGCCCGGCCCUAUUAUCCAUGAUGACGAGCACUUCGAGUCAGAAAACAGCGAAGCCGAUAAAGACAAGCUCAGAAAACUGCCAAAGACAAAUGGCUUCCGCCUGAUUCAAGAUGCUGGUCAGACCUCGACUUUAGUGGCUGGAAAGGAUGGCCGGAUCUACAUGGCCAACAACUCGGAGGAUUACGACAUCAGCGCACCUUGGGGUGGUCUCGAGGUCGAUAAAAACAUCUUCAGCUACGAUGUUUUCGGACGUCUCAUCUGGUUCAAUGCUGCAUAUCUGACUCCCGCUUCAGGUAAAGGCAGAACUUACCGAAGAGGAAGUCCAAAGCACUAUAUUAAGUACUUAUUUCCCGAUUCUCGCAUGGUAGAGCUGGGUGUCUCGGCAGCUGAACAUAUGCCCAAGGGCACGAAGGCUGCGUAA